CGCCUGUCGGCCUCGCGGAGAGCGUGAAGGCGUUGGGAGCGAGCGCGAGCCGAGCGUAACCUGCAGGGAGGGAGACGAGCUGAACCGAAAUCGGAAGGUCCGCCAGAGAGACGGCGUCUGGCCUUUAAAAGAAAGCCGCUUACUAAACGAAAACAUUCGAGGGCUUCUCUUUCAGGUGUACCCCUUUUUUCUUUUUUUUUUUCCUUUUUUCUUUUUUUUGUUUCUUGAAGUGGAGAGCGGGGUGAAGUCGAUGGUUGGGGAAGGGCUCGCGCCCCAGUGACACACAGACGGACGGACAGACGGACGGCGGAUUCCGCUACACAAAGAGAGGAAACAUGAGCGCAGCCAAACCCAGCGGCCUCAAAGCGCCCAGCAAGAUCGGCCGACCCGCAGCGUCCGCCACCAAGACCUCCCCCCCUGCUGCAGGGCCCAAGUCGGCCCCUCCCCCUCCCGCAGAGGCCGAGGAUGGGGGGGAGAGCUUCCAGGUGGGGGAGCGGGUUUGGGUGAACGGGAACAAGCCCGGCUUCGUGCAGUUCCUGGGAGAGACGCAGUUCGCCCCGGGACAGUGGGCGGGGAUUGUGCUGGACGAGCCAAUCGGGAAGAACGACGGCUCGGUUGCCGGGGUGCGCUACUUCCAGUGUGAGGCGCUGCGCGGGAUCUUCACCCGCCCCUCCAAACUGUCCCGCACCGAGGGCGAGGCCAACGGCACCCAGACCGCGCCCUCGUCCCGAGCGGCCUCUCCCACGCCCUCCGGCUCCGCCUCCCAGAGCCCCGCCCCCGCGGCGAGCCCCGCCCCCCCAGCGACCCCCACCGCCACCGCCCCACCCGCCACCACCGCCACCCCCGCCGCUAAGAAGGCCACCCCGCCCUCCAGCCUGGUGCGGGCGGGCAGCGAGUCGGUCUCCAACCUGUCGGAAACAGGCUCGGUGAAGAAGGGAGAGAGGGAGCUGAAGAUGGGCGACCGAGUGCUGGUGGGGGGGACGAAGGCGGGCGUGGUGCGUUUCCUGGGGGAGACGGAUUUUGCGAAGGGGGAGUGGUGCGGCGUGGAGCUGGACGAGCCGCUGGGGAAGAACGACGGGGCCGUGGCAGGAACCAGGUAUUUCCAGUGCCAGCCCAAGUACGGCCUGUUCGCCCCGGUGCACAAGGUGACCCGCAUCGGCUUCCCCUCCACCACGCCCGCCAAGGCCAAGGCCGCCGCGCGCAAGGUGGUGACCACGCCCUCCGGCCUCAAGCGCAGCCCCAGCGCCUCCUCCAUCAGCUCCAUGAGCUCCGUGGCCUCCUCCGUCAGCGGGAAGCCCAGCCGCACCGGCCUGCUGACGGAGACGUCCUCCCGAUACACGCGGAAGAUCUCGGGCACCACCGCCCUGCAGGAGGCGCUGAAGGAGAAGCAGCAGCACAUCGAGCAGCUGCUGGCCGAGCGGGACCUGGAGCGCGCCGAGGUCGCCAAGGCAACCAGCCACGUGGGCGAGGUGGAGCAGGAGCUCACCGUACUGCGGGAGGGCCAGGAGCAGUAUGUGUUGGAGAUGGAGGCUAAGAUGGACCACCUGCGCACCCUGGUGGAGGCUGCAGAUAAGGACAAGGUGGAACUGCUGAACCAGCUGGAGGAGGAGAAGAGGAAAGUGGAAGACCUUCAGUUCCGCGUGGAGGAAGCUUGCAUUACCAAAGGUGACCUGGAGACGCAGACCAAACUGGAGCACGCCCACAUUAAGGAACUCGAACAGAGCCUGCUCUUUGAAAAGACCAAAGCUGACAAACUCCAGCGCGAGUUAGAAGACACUAGGGUAGCCACGGUUUCGGAGAAGUCUCGCAUCAUGGAGCUGGAGCGGGACCUGUCGCUGCGGGCCAAGGAGGCGGCCGACCUGCGGCUGCGUCUGGAGUCCGCGGCGGGGUCGGAGGUCGGGGACGCCACGUCCCCGCUGCUGGAGGAGGUGGGGGCCCUGCGGGCGCAGCUGUCCGCCCAGGCCGCCGAGCACCAGGGUCAGCUGACCGCGCUGCGCGCACGCCUGGAGGGGGCGGAGCAAGCGCACGCCCAGGAGCUGCAGCGCCUGCGGGGCGCGGCCGAGGAGGCGGGGCGCGAGGCGGAGCAGCUGAGGGCCCGGCUGCAGCAGGCCGAGCGGGAGAGCGCCGACGCCGUCCAGCUCUGGAGCUCCAAGCUGCAGGCCGCCGCCGCCGGCCACCAGCAGGCCCUGGGGGCCCUGAAGCAGUCCGUCAGCCAGGGGGCGGGGGCGCAGGCCGCCGAGCUGCUGGAGCUCCAGAGCGCCCGCCAGAGGAUGCAGGCGGAGCUGCAGGAGGCCACGGAGGAGAAGGAGAAGCUGGAGGAGGCGCUGCGCUCCCGUCUGGAGAGCGCGGAGGAGCAGCACCUGGUGGAGAUGGAGGACGCGCUGGGCAAGCUCCACACCGCGGAGCUGAAGGUAAAGGAGCUGGAGCCGCUGGAGGAGAGGGUGGCGCAGCAGGAGGCGCAGCUGCAGGGCCUGAGGGAGCGGGCCGAGGAGGCGCAGUGCCUGAGCGCCGCCCUGGAGGCCGUCCGAGCACAGCACGCCCAAGGUAACCAGGAGGCCCAGAGCCUGAGGGCCCAGCUGCAGGCCGCAGAGGGGAGGGUCCUGGAGCAGGGCGGCAAGGCUGGUGAGGUGGCCAAAGAGCUGGAGGCGCGACAGCAGGAGGUGCUCUCCCUGCAGCAGAGCCUGGCAGAGAAGGAGCAGGAGAGGAGCUCCCUGCAACAGGAGCUCAGCAGUCUGAAGGAAAAACUGGAUGGAGACUCAAAGGAACAGACAAAAGCUGCACAAACUAUGCAAGAAACUCUGGAUAAACUGGGUAAAAAAGAAGAGCUGUGUUCAUCCCUCACCUCUGAAACAGAGACUCUGAGAAACCAGCUCUCUGGAGCCGAGAGGAAGCUGAAGGCGGGGGAGGAGAAGCUGGACCAGCUGACCAAGGACAAGGCCAAGCUGGAGAGCAGCAUCGCCGACAUGAUGAGGUCCUCCGGCGAUAGCUCCGCCCAGCUCACCAAGAUGAACGAUGACCUCACGCAGAAAGAGAGGAGGCUGGAGGAGCUGCAGGCCCAGCUGUCGGAGGCCAGGGAGCAGGCGGCGCGCGCGGAGGAGAGCGGCAGGCAGGGCCGCGCCCGGGCGGAGCAGGAGCUGGCGGAGAGCAGGGAGCAGCAGCGCACCGAGCUCGCCGCCCUGCAGGAGCAGCUGGCACAGCUGGAGAAGAGCGUGGAGCAGGAGCAGGCCCGGAGCAGGGAGCUGCAGGCGGCCCACGGGAAGGCCCAGGAGGCGGAGUCAGGGCGGCACGCGGCCCAGCUGCAGGAGCUCCGCGCGGAGAUGGCGAAGGUGGCAGAGGAGCUGAGCGGCGCGCGCGACAGGAGCAGGGAGCUGGAGCAGCUGGUGGCGGAGCUGCAGCCUCACAAAGAGCAGGCCCAGUCUCUCGCUGCUGAGCUACUCUCCUCCGAGCAGCGGGCCGAGCAGCUGGCCGCAGAGCUGGGGGAUCUGAAAGUGGUGUCAGGGAAAGCCUGCGAGGAGCUUGAGGAGCUCAGGGGUCAGAGGGGCGACCUUCAGACGCGGCUCUCUGACCGCGAGGCCGUGCUCUCCGCCCUGGAGUCCGCUCACCGGGACCUCUCCUCGAACAGCGAGGAGCUGCGCUCGCUGAAGGAGCAGCUCGAGCAGGAGAAGGAGGAGCAGCUCUCCGGGAACGCGCAGCUGGAGCGAGAGAAGGCCGAGCUGUCGGCGGAGAAGGCCGAACUCUCCCGGGCUGCGGACGAGCUGCGGGCCAGCGUGGAGAAGGCGGAAGCGGAAAACGGGAACCUCCGGAACGCCGAAGCGGAACGCUCGGCCAAGGUGGAGGAGCUCCGGAAGACCAUCGCGGAGAAACAGGAAGUCCUCAUCAGGUACCAGCAGGAGAUCAUGCUGCAGGAGGCCAACAGGAAGCAGCUGGCUCAGGACUAUGAGAAGGUGUGCGAGGAGAAGGACAACAUCCAGGAAGAGCUCAAACAGAGCAGCGAGGAGCUGAAGUCUCAGAAGGAGAGCCUUGAGGUGGAGAGAGACGCUGCGAGGAAAGAGAAGAGCGCCUGGGAUGCCGGGACCUCGGAGCUGCAGGCCAAACUGUCCUCUUUGCACGCAGAGAAGGAAGAUCUCUGCACCAGGAACAGCCAGCUGCAGGCAGAGAGGGACACCCUGGAGAAGGAAAAGGGGGAGGCGCUCGCUCAAGUUCUGUCAUUUGGUUCUGACAAGGAGGCCCUUCAGGCGGAGAAAAAGGAGCUUCAGGACCAGCUGUACGCCGCGAAGAAGGACCUGGAGAAGUCCGUCCGCGACAGCGAUGAGCUGCGGGCCUCCAAAGAAAGCUUAGCCAAAAUGCUCGAUGAAAGCAAAACCAGCCGAGACGUCACUGACUCAGAGAGACUCCACCUGCUGCAGGAGAAGGAAGACCUGCUGGCUGCCCAGCGGAAGACCUGCUCAGAGAAAGAGGUCCUUCUGAAGGAAAAGGAGGAGUUGGAGGAGAAGCUCCGUCUUACCAGUCAAGAGGCAGCUGUUGCCAAGGAGAAGUUUCAGCAGGAAGUGGAGUCUGCAGGCCGAGAGAAGGCCGAGCUGGCUCUGAAGCUCACCGAAGCAGAGAAGAGCUCCGGUUCCCUGCAGAAAGAGAAGACGGCCCUGGAAUCCACCGUUCAGCAGCAGAGGUCGGAGAACGAGCGUCUGGAGCGGGAGAAGGGAGAUCUGCUGGAGAAGCACGAGAGGGAGAUCUCGGAGAAGGCCGCUGUAGCGCAGGAGAGGGACCGGUUGGCAGGAGACGUCCAAACCGUGAAGGAACAGCUGGAGAACUCGAGCAAGGAGAACUCCGGCCUGCUGGAGGCUAGGACAACUCUGACAGCGAAGCUGGAUGAGGCGAAGAAGAAGGCUGAGGAAGCUGAAGUCGAAAAGGCCUCCCUCCAGCGAGAGAGAGCGGACCUCCAGGCCCAGCUUCAGAAAAAGUGCUCUGAUGCCGAAGCGCUCGAGAAGGACAAAGCGGCACUCGCGGAGGAAAACCAGAAACUGAAGGACGAAACUGAGCGCGUGCGGACAGACCUGGGGCGGGAGGGGGACGCCCUAAAGUCAGAGCGGGACUCCCAGGCUUCCCAGCAUGCCGAGCUGAAGGAGUCCCUGGUGCGGCUGCAGAAGGACAAAGAGGACCUUCUGGCCCAGAAGGGAGACCUCUCCACCCAGAGCGAGUCUCUCUCCCAGGCCAAAGGGGUUCUGGAGUCCCAGCUGGAGACCAGCGUCCGAGAGCAAGGUGAGCUGGCCUCCGCGAAGGAGGACCUGUGCAGAAGGGUAGAGGACCUCCAGAAAGAGCUGUCCGCUCUGACCCAGGAGAAAACCCAGCUCCUCCAGUCUGAGUCGAGCCUGAAGACGGAGUUGGCCUCCCUCCGUGGCAAACAGGAGGUGACGGUCUCCGAGCAGGGCAGGAUGCGGAGCGAGAUGGAGCAGCUGAAGGCCUCUCAUGGAGAGCUGCUCACCGAGAAGCAGCGUCUGUUGGAGGAGAAGGCCCAGAUGGAGUCUGAACAGCAGGAACUGAGUCAGCAGGUCUCUACGGCGGCCCUGGCCAAACAGGAACUCGCCGCCAGUCUGAAGGAAGUACAAGAGGCGAAAGUCUCCGUGACCCAAGAGCUGGAGGCCCUGAAGUCCCAGCAGAAAAUGAGCGAGCAGGAAAAGGGGAGCCUGGUUUCAGAGCGGGAAGGCCUUAGUGGGAGACUGGGAGAGCUGGGCAGGGAGGUCGCUGCUUUAGCUGAAGAGAAAGCCGAACUUCUGUCCCUCAAGGCCCAACAGGAGCAGGGGGUCGUGUCCCUCCGCAGCAACCUGGAGGCGGGCAAAGAGGAGCGUUCCCGGCUCCUGAAGGAGGUGGAGGAGGCGCGGGCUGCCCGCACGGAGCAGGAGGAGGCGAACCGAGCGCUCCGCGCCGAAACGGCCCGGCUGGAGGAGGCGCAGCGAGUCUCCCGCGAGGGAGCCGCCGAGGCCUCCCGCGCACAGGGGGCGCUGUCCUCCGCCCUGAGCGCCCUGCGGGAGGAGAGAGACGCCCUGCUCAGGGAGAGGGACCAGCAGGCUGUGAAAGCCACCGAGCUGGCGGCCCUUCACACAAACACUUUAUCCAAACAGCUUGAGGCUGCGCAGUCGGCAGAACAGACCGCUCAGGCCCUGGAGCAGCUGACGCAGGAGAAGAGCCGGGUGCAGGCCCUGCUGGAGGAGAGCAGAGGCUCCAAACAGGAAGUGGAGCAGCAGCUGGGGGCCUUGCAGGAGCAGAGCUCCAGGCACCAGGAGGAGCUGAGCCGGGCCAAAGAGAAGCUCGCUGCAGAGACCCAACGAGCGAACAGCUUGUGCAAAGAGAUAGAGGAGCUGAAGCGGGCCACGGGGGAGGAGGGCCGGAGCCUGGCAGCGCUGCAGGAGGAGAACAGGAAGCUGGCCGAGGAGCUGGGCAGCAGCAGACAGGAAGUCAGCGACCGCAAGAAGCUGGAGGAAGAGCACUCGUCCCUGACCCUCCAGCUGCAGGAGCUGAGAAAGAGGGAGAGCGCUCUGAAGGAGGCCCAGGAAGAGAAGGCCUCCCUGCAGAGAACCCUCCAGAAAACCAGUGCCUUGAUCUCACAGCGGGACACAGAGCUGGAGGCGCUCAGGGGCGAGGUGGCGGUGCUGCGGGAGGGCAGCUCGGCUGCGCAGACGCUGCGGGCUGCAGUGCAGACUCUGGAGAAGGACAAGGCGCAGCUGCAGGAGCGUGUGCAGACCCUGGAGCGCCGGGCAGCACAGAGCCCAGCCAUCAGCGACGCCGCUUCCCCAGGUGAUGCUGCCGUGGACAAUCUGAAAGACGAGGAGUCGCAAUUGGCACAGGGACAGGCUGCGAUUGAGUUCCUGAACUCGGUCAUCGUGGACCUGCAGCGGAAGAACGAGGAGCUGAAGGCCAAUAUGGAGAAGAUGGCGGAGGCUGCGCUGAACGGAAAUAACGCCAGCGAGCUGGACAACUACGAAGGCUUGGAAGCCCCCUCCAAGAAGAAGCCCCCGCCGCGGCUCUUCUGCGACAUCUGCGACUGCUUCGACCUCCACGACACCGAGGACUGCCCCACGCAGGCCCAGGCGCCCGACUCCCCCCCCCACACCGCUUACCACGGCAACCGCGCAGACCAGCGGCCCUACUGUGACAUCUGCGAGGUGUUCGGCCACUCGACCGACUCCUGCAACGAUGACCAGACCUUCUGAGUACCUCUGCCCCGCCCCUGCGCCACACACACACACACACACACACACGCGCGCGCACACACACACACACACACACACACACACACACUCUCACACGUUGUUCCUCAAACAAUCUCAUGCUAGCCUGGCUUCCACAGCACUUUCUGUUGUAUGAACAUGGAUAUGUGUGUAAAUCCAAAUGCAUGCGUGUGUGUGCAAGUGUGUGUGUACGUGUGCGAGUGUGUACGUGUGCGAGUGUGUGUGCGAGUGUGAGUGCAAGUGUGUGAGUGCAAGUGUGUGUGUACGUGUGCGAGUGUGUGUGUGUGUUUGUAAAGCUUCAGCUGUCCCCCAAAGCCCUGACUGUGUGGAGACUUUGGGACGGAGGCGGGAGGGUGGAGACUUUGGGACAGAGGCGGGAGGGUGGAGACUUUGGGACAGAGGCGGGAGGGUGGUUUAUCAGGACAAAACAAACAAACUCAUACUUGAUUGUGUGUAAAAAAGGCUGACUUAAACAACAACAAACAAUCCACAUUUUCUUUUGACUUCUCAAUCUUCAGUGAGCUGUUCAGGUAGGGCGUGGGGGGUGGGGUUCAGUUUAUUUAAUUUAACUUUGUUUUUUUUUGUUUUGUUUUCACGGUUGUGUCAAAAACAUGCGUUAGAAUCUUCCGGGGGUUGCCUUCCGUGUCAGUGUGGGGUUGUGGGACGAGUCCUCGGGGUGCGUGUGGAGGUGCGUGUGGCAGGCACACGGGUGUGGAGGCUGACUACAGCCAUGAUGUCGGCGGCGCUGCUUGUAGCCCAGGCCCAAAAUGGCCGCCGUGGAGAAGGCCAAAACAGUCGCUUAUAAUCUAUUGCACUGUACACUUUAUACCCAGCUCCUUUUAAUUGCCUUUAUAUGAACAUGUUUAAAUUAUAAUUUUUAAAAAGGAUAAAGAGAAUAAUAAUACUGUCAGAUUUUAUGUGCUGCCUUUUUUUUGUCUUUUAUGAAUGUUAAGUUACCUGUACAAUAAACAAAAAUAAAAAAGCAAACCGUUUGGGUCAUAUUGUAUCUCUCAGAUACACCUGUUAAAUAAAUGUGGAAACUAUGACUGUAAAUACCUGCUGAACAAAUUUAUUUUUAUUUUAUUUUUUUUUUGAGGUGGAAAAAAGUAGUAAUGGGAGAAUAUGGAGCUACCAGUUACCAGCAUCUGUGACUUACUGAUUUCAGCCAAUCGCUGCGUUCUGCUGUGGACAGCAGAAGCAUUUUGAUUGGUUUAAACAAGUCACUGAUAGCCAGCUCAUUGCAACUCCACCAAUCGCGGGGCUGAUGAGGCCUUACUCUCCCAUUGCCGGGGGAAACGUCCGGAGCUGUGACACGGGGACACGGGCGGCUCUGUUUCCUGGGCUUUGGCCCUCCAGUGGUUUUGGGGAGGGCUCCCGAAUGUAAAACUGUGGUGGCCGGGGGAGGCUUAUUCAGAGGCAGUAUUGUGGACUGUAUCUGCUUAAAUAAACGGUGAUAAUCUUUUA